CUCUUGUCAUCCCAGGGCCGACUGGGCCAGUCGGGGCUUUUGCCUUCCCUCGUGACAUGUGCUUGAGUUGCAGCGGAAAGGAAAUGUGUCAUCUGUGGUUUGGUUUUCAAAGUGGAAAGCUAGCUGUACGCAUCCUCUUAAAAAACUGCAGAUUUCAGUUUCCUAGUCUCCAAACUACUCUACUUUAAGUAAGAAAAGAAGAAAAGAAGUGGUUUAUUAAAUAAAGAUUGUGACAGAGCACUAAAGGUUGAAAGGACAAUUCUGCCUCUGCUAUUUGGAGAGUCACUGUCAGCUAAGGCACUUGAGAUACCAGUGUACCCGUGGGCAUGGAGCACACAGGACAGUACCUUUAUCUUGUUUUCCUCUUGACAACAGUGUGUUCCUUGUCUCCAGGAACAAAAGCAAACUACACACAUCUGUGGGCUAACAACAUCACAGCUUGGGGCUCUGUUAAUCAAAACAGCACGAGCAGACAUCAAAGGGAGACGAGCACAUCCCCUGCAAGCCCUGCAGCGGGUCACGGAGUGAGUUCUACAGACACGCUGGUACCAUCUCCUCCUGUGUCUGCAGCCCCUACAUCUACACCAAAGCCCUCCGGACCCCAUGUCUUCAAAAACGGCUCUCCAACCACAGCGAUCGUUGACAGCACAAGCAAAAGUCAUGGGGAAACUUUUCAAAAGGAUGUCUGUGAGGAAAACAACAGCAACAUGACCAUGCUGAUUUGCUUAAUUGUAAUCGCUGUGCUUUUCCUUAUCUGUACUCUUCUAUUUCUAUCAACUGUGGUUCUGGCAAAUAAAGUCUCAUCUCUCAGAAGGUCAAAACAAGUAGGCAAGCGCCAGCCUCGGAGCAACGGUGACUUUCUGGCAAGCAGUGGGCUCUGGACUGCUGAAUCGGACACUUGGAAAAGAGCGCAAGAGCUCACCAACUCCAAGCUCCUGAUGCAAUCUACUGGUGUGCUCACAGCUACCAGGGAAAGGAAGCAUGAAGACGGAACUGAAAACCUCAACUAGGCCACGCGUUUGGAAAGGGAAAUGCAAAGCAGCAAUGAGGAAGGCUGGGCUGAAAAUAAAGCUGGCUGCUGGUGUUUCACACCAAUGUUUGUUCAGAAGUCUGAUCAAAAAAUCUGACGUGCUGAAGUUACUUAAAACUGCAUUUCUGUUUCACACUUCGUAUUUUUUAAAAAGUAAAUAAAACAGCAGCUGAAGAAACUAACAGAAAUAACAAGAGGUAACUAAAUACUCCUGUUCAGCAAUAGGUGAUCUCUGUCUGAAUGUACUUGAAUUGGACAAGUUAUAUUAAGUCCUUAGAGCCAAGCAGAUGCCAUAUUGCCUAGAAGUCAAAUUCCUGAUAUGUAGAAUUGAACUGUGUAAUGCAACAGUACGUUCUCACUGGAUGAGGUAGAACGCAUACAUACCAGUUUGUAUCUCAGCACAGCUAAUAUUAGGCUAUUUCUCUUUACCUUUACAUAUGGCACAAGACAAAGUGCUUUGCUACUAUAAAUAAUAAAUUAAAACUUGGCCGGGCGGUGGUGGCGCACGCCUUUAAUCCCA